AUGAUAAGUUCUUUUUGCUGCUAGAAUAAGUUAGUUUAUAGUAAAAUGUGAAUUUUCAUCCAUCUUUAAAAGCAUCUGUGGAUUUCUUGUUCGCAAAGAUGAAACUGCCUGAAAUUUAAGGAUUAAGUUCAUCAAAGUGUUCACUUUAUGCACUUUAAUCUUCAUCCUGCCUGAUUUUGCUCUGAGGUGGUUAAAGGCCUUCAGAUAACGGAAGAUGUGAGCAUAGUGCUGAAAAGCUUGGUGCAAAAAUCACAUCUACACAAAUCCAUCAUGUCUGCCUGUUCUCUUUACAAACUCAAGUUUCAGUAAAGAAGAUUUUAUCCAAGCCUUGAAAUAAAUGUAUGAACUUGUAAUUCUUGCCCAGAAUGGUGAACCAUGUUUCUAGACAGAGGCGAGACUCAGAAACAUCCAGCUGGGUGCCGGUGCUGUGAAACGUGUCCCCUGACAGAUGAAGGAGUGAUCUUUGUGGUAGUGAAUCUUCAGUGGCUCAGAUUACUUCAACUUUUUAACAUUUCUGAAUGUUUUCUUCAUCAGGCCGCCAUCUAGAGUUUGUCCUGUUGGGAGCCUUUAAUGCCCAGGUGGGGAAUGAUAAAGUUACCUGGAGAAAACAACAAGGUGAACCUCCGUAAUUUUAAUCUGAAGGAAUGGGAGGAAGCCAUGAAAAAUGGACCUUUGGUUGCUGAACCACUCAGUACCCUGGAAAUGAAAAGCAGUUUCCAUUGAUGCUGUUUGGUUAAAUGGAUGAUGGGUGGAUUGAUGGAUGGGUAUUGAGAAGUGAAUAUUGACCUGUUUGUUUUCAGGCUGACCCUGAAGCUCUGGACCAGGACGGUUUGGUAGAAGACGAUGAUGGAACCACUGAAGGAAAACAUUUCUUCACAUGAAUACUUCAUCUUCAGUGGCUUCAGUGAACUUGGAGCUCUGAAAUCCUUCAUUUCUAUCCCCUUCCUGAUUCUGUUCUUUGUGUCUCUGUUUGCCAACUCCCUGCUGAUCUAUGUGGUCAUUUCACAGAGGAGCCUCCACUCCCCGAUGUACAUCCUCAUCGCCUGCUUGUCAUUUGUUGAUAUGUGCCUGCCACUGAUUCUCAUCCCCAACCUGUUGCUGAACGUCUUGUUCAACUCGAGCGGGAUCUCUCUGAGCGGCUGCCUGGUUCAGAUGUUUUUGAUUCACAUGUUAGGCGCUUGUCAGUCGGCUCUUCUGGUCUGGAUGGCAUUGGACCGAUACUUUGCCAUCUGCAGGCCCCUUUCCUACCAUGAUCGCAUGUCUUUACCUGGAUUCCUCAGGUUUAUCAUCCCUGUUCUCAUCAGGGAUGUGAUCAUGGUGUCAGCGGUUGUGAUUCUAGCAGGUAAAGUGUUGUACUGCUUCAGGAAUGUGAUAAACCACUGUGUCUGUGAACACAUGGCCUUGGUGGAGUUGGGCUGUGGCAGCACAGCCAUUAACAGUCUGGUUGGGUUAUUAGGAGUUUUUAUGGUCACUGUAGUUGAUUUCUUGUGCAUCACUGCUUCAUAUAUAAUCAUAUUCCACUCUGUGCUGCGUUCAGGUAAAUCCAGCGCUAAAGCUCUGCACACCUGCUUCACUCACAUCAUCGUCAUGGUCAUCAGUUUGACCUUCUUACUCACGGCUUACUUGGCGUAUCGGAUGAACAGUCUCCCAAACGCUGGCCGUCUCUUUGUCAGCACCAUGUACAUGUUCCUUCCCAGCUGUAUAAACCCGAUCAUCUACGGAGUCAGAACCACUGAGAUUUGACAAAAUGUC